AAGUCGCUUCUUUUGGGGUUGCUUCCAUAGACCUGGUUGCUUGUUUCUCUCGCGAGAUCUGACAAUACUGCCUUCUCCUGGAGUUUUGUCCAAGAUGGCGUCAACGCAGUUAACGGAUGAGGAGCUUUUCUCCGAAUUAAAGCGCUUUGGUUUCACUCCAGGCCCAGUUACCGAAAACACUCGACCGGUAUAUUUGAAGAAACUGAAGAAACUUCGCGAGGAGCAACAGCAGCGGGGCUUUAGACCUGGUAAAACUCGUAGCAGCGGGGCCAUCAACAGCACCACUGGCGGCGGCAACACGGCGGGAUCAAGGCCAGCCAGCCAUGACGUCACGCACCUGAGCUCUAGCAGGAGACCGGGCCGGAAGUCCUCCGUCCUCGGCUUCAGCUCCGACGAGUCUGACGCUGAAACUCCACAGAGAAGAAAAGGCCUCAAUCACAGCGGCAGGGCAGACCAAAGCCCCGGUUUUCAACAACAACCGAAGAUAAGGCCCGUUACAACACCCGGUGUGGCUGUAAAGAGUCAGCGUGGCGCAGGGAGUACGCUGAAUAGCAAUAAUUCUCCCCCGGGUCCGGACGGACAGAGAAGUGUCUCGCUGGGCUGGGGAAUUCGUGCCAGAUCCAGACCUGAGGCGGAAGGAAGGAAUUACGACGAAUCAGGGGACGAGGACGAUUGUGAGGGGGAAAAAGAGACGACAUCUCGGUCUUUAAAUGGUAGCAGAGCGGCUCAGUUGAAUACUAGCAAGCUAGCCGGGGAUUACUCGGACGAGGAGGAGAUUGGGGGCCUUGGUGUUGGAGACCGACAGCGGGAUAGGUUGGAGCCUAGACGGAGCCAUCCGAAAACGGUGUUCUCAUCCCACAGAGUCGUCCGAGGGUCGCAAACGGGGGGUGCAACCGGAGUGGUUAACCCACCCGGGAGUCUAAACAUGGUGGGUAGCCGGAGGGAGGAGAAGGAGGAGGACGACGAGGUACAGAGAAUGGAUUCGGACCGGUCGGGAGGCAUGUUGAGACACAACUUUGCCAGGAAGUCCAUCUACGUGUCCCUCGCCGAGAACCAUGGAGGAGAGUCCGACAAAAACAACCACGUCGACGGCGAGGACGGAGCAUCCAAAAGCAGCAACACUAGUAGGUUCAGCAUUGGGUUGAGGCCGCGCUUCUCCAACUACAGCAGCCUGUCCCAGACCUACAGGGGCAAACACUCCAACCACACCGCUCCCAACCACUCAUACAGCCAGGCAGUGCUGAAGCAGAAGCUGUCUGUCCCGGAGGAUGAGCUGCUCCAGCAGUUCAAAAGGGAAGAGGUGGCCUCCUCUGGCAGCUUUAGUGCUCAUUACCUGUCCAUGUUCCUGCUCACUGCAGCCUGCCUCUUCUUUCUGCUGCUGGGCCUCAUGUACAUUAGGAUGAGGGGCUCUGGAUCCUCGGAGGUGGAUGGAGUCAUUAAGAGCCACCCUUUUGGCACCGAAUUUGACUCCUCUUAUAACAAGACUGAGAAGGACCUAAUCCUGAAGCUGCUGCUCAGUCUGCACGACCACCUGGCCCACGUCGCUGGCCAAUAUGAUUGUGGAGACCAGCAGCAUCCAAACAGGAGUCUGUCCAUGGACGAGGCCUCUGUGUAUUUACUGGCUCAGAAUCAGGAGUUUGAAGAAUUCAUUCAUACUUCUCUGGAGUGGAUCAUCCGGACAGGCCAGGAUGUUGGGAUAAGGCUGACUGGGCAGGUAGCUGAUGAUCCUGCAACCGAUGUGUCUGAGAUCUCUCGGCUGGAGUCCACACAUCCCAAGAUGCCCUUCACAUGCCGCUUCCGCCGUGCCUUCCUCACUGUCAUCAGCAGAGUCUUCCUCAUUGCAGCUGUGGUUGGCUGUGUGUGGGGUGUGGUCUGCUACGUGAAGUGUCGCUGGAGGAGAGAGGAGGAGGAGACGAGGCAGAUGUAUGACAUGGUGGAAAGGAUCAUUGAUGUGCUGAGGAGCCACAGUGAGGCUUGCCAAGAGAACCAGGACCUGCAGCCCUACCUGCCUAUCCCACACGUCAGGGACUCCCUGGUUCAGCCUCAGGACCGGAAGAAAAUGAAGAAUAUUUGGGAGAGGGCUGUGAGCUUCUUGUCAGCCAACGAGUCUAGAAUUCGAACAGAGUCUCAGAGGAUUGGUGGAGCGGACUUCCUGGUCUGGAGGUGGAUCCAGCCUUCUCUCAGUUGUGACAAGACCUCCUUGAUCCCCUCCAAAGUCUGGCAGGGAAAAGCUUUCCCUCUGGACCGUAGGAAUUCACCUCCCAACAGCCUGACGCCAUGUCUGAAGAUCAGGAACAUGUUUGACCCAGUCAUGGAGGUUGGGGAGAACUGGGACCUAGCCAUCCAUGAGGCCAUUCUGGAGAAGUGCAGUGACAACGACGGCAUUGUCCAUAUUGCUGUUGACAAGAACUCGCGAGAGGGCUGUGUCUAUGUCAAGUGUCUCUCUGCAGAGCACUCAGGGAAAGCCUUCAAGGCACUUCAUGGGUCCUGGUUUGAUGGCAAGCUGGUGACGGUGAAGUAUCUGCGUUUGGACCGGUAUCACCAGCGCUUCCCACUGGCCCAGGGCUGCAGCACACCCCUGAAGGCCUCCAGUCUCCACCUCAACACCACUAGCACCACGAACACUACGCCCCGCCUGCAGCAUCGUGUCUCAGCCAACUCCUCUGGCUUCUCAUGAGAUCAGCAUUAUCAUUAGAUUUAGCAUUCUCCUCUGUGCCCUCCCAGCAUGACAGUACCAGUCUGCUGCUGCUCCUUCAAUGCAUUUUAACGGGGAAGACUUGAGUCUUGUCAUGGGAGAGCUUUUUUUGUUUUGUCUUUUUUCAAAACAGGAUCUUUUCCAGAGAAGCUGUCAGUGGUGCAGUGUUUGUUUUCUACAAUCUUUGUAUUAAAAAUGUCAUAGAUUUAUAACAAGGAAGCAAAGUUCUUCUGGAAUAUUUAAGAUGUGUGCAGAGACUCCAACCCUCCCUCCUUCUCUUCCACAGUCUAACUGAUGCCAUGAUGGAGUUCAUUUGAGCACUGUAUGGAAAUGGCUGCAUGUAUCAGAGUAUGCCUCUAUGUAAGCUUUCAAUACAACACAAUGUGGAUGAUGAUUUCGUAGAGAUGUUCAAUGUACUCCCUGUUGUUAUUAUUAUUCUGAUUAUUUUUAUUUAGCCAAACGAGGAAGGCAUGAACAGACUUGAAGAGGGCGUGCUGUAAAUACAUGUGAAUGGUAGCACAAGCUUUAUCAAAUAAUCUGUAUUAAAAGCAAACCAUAAACUCAAAUUUUUCUUGCUCACUUAUACAGCAGAGUGCAUCUGUAUCCAGAGGCAAACACUCCCCGAAAAGCUGCAACAGCACCGAUACACACAGACGUACAAUAGUUCAGCUGGUAAAACCAGGCAACAGUGAGGGUAUUGACUCAGCCACUGUGUAGGUUGUUUGUUCCAUGUAUGGCCUUCUUUCCCUCUGUCCUUGAUUUUGUUAAAGUGUCCAGCAGUGUUCCCCAUUUCUCAGCUUUUGGGUGAUAUGACAUAAUCAGGGAGUGUAGUUUUUACAGUCACCUGAAGCUUUCUUCUUCAGUUAUAAUCCAAUAUAUUCCCAAGCUAUGUUAUUACUUAUGUUUAUUAUUUACCUCUUUCAAAGUCGGGUCAUUUUCACUGUGGGUAUGUCCCCUCAUUGAAUUGCAUUUCCAAACCUGUUCUGAACAAGUGGUGUAUAUUGUCAUCUGUCAGUGUACAUGGCAGACCAGAGGAGCACACAGACAUCAGGAAGUUUAAUUUCCAGUUCACAAUCUCUGCUCAUCUCACUUUGUGAGACAGAUGUUUUCUAGCAUGAUGAAACCUGACUCAGUUGCUAGUGCUCUUUUGAUUUCCCCUCUUGUAAUUCUCUUCACGCUUUGUCAUAAGGAGUACUGUGAAUCAGUUGACUGUUUGUAAUACAAAACUCCAUAUAUUCCAAGCUCUGCAAGGAGACUGUACUGAACUUAGGGAUUCCUGAUUGCUUGUGUGUUUUUUAUAGCACGUGUAUUCAGAAAACGCUAAAAAUCCACAAGUUGCCACACAUAAUUCAUUUUUAAUGCAGUGAAUUGAAAGUUGGAUUCAGUAUUUGCAGUGUGAAGUUGUACAAAUGAUGCACAUUUCAAAUGUUCAUAACCUGGUGCAACACUUUGCAGCGGACAACCCAACUGUGCCUUAAAUUUGUGCUUUUUAAAGACUGGCACUGCAUUGCUGGGGAAUGUACUUGGUGUAAUAAAUGUUGAAAAAGUGGUUUAAUGGGCAAGUAAGGCCUGCCAUACAUGUAGUUUUGUUAGAAUUUGGCAUCCUCAGAUUUGGUAUUUUGUAGCAGUUUCCUUUGAUAUUAAACCAAAUGCUCCUCUCUAUUUAUUAUUUUUUUAAUCAGCCAUGGUGAUGUACUAUUUAAUAUCACUAGACCUGUUACAUAUGUGUCAUAACUUUUCUUUUCAUCAAGGAUCAACCUUACAUCCGCUUCCAGACAUUUGUCAGGAUGUGUAAAACAACAAAAUAAAGUGAACACUUUCAGAAAUCA